AUCAUGUCGAAUCAAAUCAUCCAACAGGGAUCAAUUUGCCCAUUCACAAUCACACUACUUCUUCCAACGAUUCUCACCAACCAAAUUAGACCCACAAUCAAUUCACACCAUUAGCGUUGGCAGAAGGCCUAAGGUGAUGGCCCUAAGAGCUUCAGCCACCGUAAGAUCGCUCACUCUUCCACCAUCUCCACCACCCCGCAAGUCAUUUUCUUGUUCUAAACUCGCACCAAAAUCUUUGUCUCACUCGGCUAAAACUACUCUGCCACUAUUUGUGCUCUUCACAGUUCCUCAUGAGGCCAAUGCUCUUGCUAUUUCUAAAGAACAGAUUGUCUCUUCUCUUGAGCAGGUGGAGUCGACAAUCAAUCAAGUUCAAGAAGUAGGAUCCAAUAUUUUCGAUGUUGCAAGGCAGGUAAUUGGAGUUGUGUUGGAAGCUGUGAAACCAGGAGUUGAUGUGGCAUUGCCUAUCCUAAAGCAAGCCGGAGAACAGGCUGUGAAGAUUGCAUCUCCUGUGGUUUCCGAGUUCUCUAAGAAAGCACAAGAGACGAUGCAGAGUUCUGGCAUUGACACACAGCCAGUAAUAAGUGCAGCUAAGACAGUUGCUGAUGUAGCACAACAAACAACAAAAGUUAUCGAUGAGGCGAAACCUAUAGCCACUUCCACUGUUGAGACUAUCUCAUCGUCAGAUCCUGUCAAAAUUGUCGGGGCUGGUGGUGUAUUAUUCCUUGCAUAUCUCUUACUUCCUCCCAUCUUUUCUGCUAUCUCUUUGAGCUUUCGGGGUUACAAGGGUGACCUAACUCCUGCUCAAACUCUUGAUCUGAUGUCCACAAAGAAUUACCUUAUGAUCGAUAUAAGAUCAGAGAAAGACAAAAACAAGGCUGGUGUUCCUCGCCUUCCCUCCAGUGCUAAAAACAAAUUGAUAUCGAUCCCUUUAGAAGAAUUACCUAGCAAGAUCAGAAGUCUUGUAAGAAAUGUGAAGAAAGUGGAAGCUGAAUUAGUGGGAGUGAAGAUCUCUUACCUGAAGAGAAUUGGUAAAGGUUCCAACAUCGUUAUAUUGGACUCGUACUCGGAUUCAGCUAAAAUGGUUGCUAGAGCACUAUCAAAUCUCGGCUUCAAGAAUUGCUGGGUUGUGACCGAUGGUUUCUCUGGAAGCAAAGGUUGGUUGCAGAGCCGAUUAGGAAUAGAUUCGUAUAAUCUAUCUUUUGCUGAAAUCGUGUCACCGUCACGAAUCAUUCCUGCAGCAUCUAAACGCUUUAGUACGUCCAGUUCGUCCAAAUUGCUUCCUGGUGGCUCAGAGUAACAUUAUUUUUUACCCUCAAUUUUAGACCAUUUUAGAAAAUUCUUCAUUUUGCUUGACUUCGGUACAUUUCUUGUUGUAAUUUGUAUUUGAAAAAAAGGGUGGUGUAUUCGACAGCUUGAUCAAUGUUAAUGAGUAUGAUUUAUACUUGUCUGUAAAAAACUUUGUUCUUCAAUGGUAUUUUACGAUUGUCGAUAA